CCCAACGGCAACAAUAACAUUGCUUUUCAGCUUAAACCGUAACUACCAAACAUCCCAAACCCUGCCAAUGGCUUUGAGGGCGGCAGCGGCUACAGCUGCGGCGCAGCCUUCGUCGCGCGGUUUAUGGCGGCUGCUCUCGAGCCGUUCUGCUUAUCCGCCGUCGACUACUGCCGCAGUGUUUGCUCGACAGGCGGUGGAGCCCAAAUCCUCCGUCUUCGUUUCCGGGCUUAACAAACGGACGACAUCCGAACGCCUACUCCAAGAAUUUUCUAAGUUUGGCGAAGUUGUUCGCACUAGGGUGAUGAUCGAUAGAACAGGUUGUUCUAAAGGGUACGGCUUUGUACAAUAUGCCACUAUAGAAGAGGCUGCAAAGGGCAUCGAAAACAUGAAUGGAAAGUUUUUGGAUGGUUGGGUUAUAUUUGUAGAGUAUGCCAAAUCUAUCCCAGAAUCUAGACAGCAAUGUCCCCAGCAUCUCCGGCAGUAGAGGUCCGUAAUUGGCUAAGACGAUAAACAGGCCAAAUCGUGGUGGUUUGUAUUGGUGCUUCAAAUUCUAAUUAGAAGCAUUAGUUUUUGUAAAAUUUUAGAUUGUUGUAGUUCAAUGGUUCUCUUUGGAUGGCGUGAUGUUUCAUAAAUUUGAUUUGUAAUAUCAUUUGGUUGAGAUGAGAGCAUAGCUAAGAUGUUUUCAUAUUUUGUUCUGCUAGUUUUUAUAUAAUCUUAUACGCACACACACAUGAGAAGAGGAAGAACAUACACACACCAUUAUAACUUAUAAGCUGAAUCUGUUUCUUAUA